GUCCUGGGCUCUCUGGACACAGGGCCAAAAUAAGUAGUGUGAGUAUCGAUCGAGGCUGCCCAAGGUUGCGAGGUUGCUGGCAAUUGGACCAAGCAUCGAUGCCGCGAAUACACUGAAAACAACUCAGCCCAGCCGCAUCAUGCUGGGGGCGGCCCUUGUGUGCCUGGCUUCCGCGCUGGCUUCUGGAGCGACCGACGACCCGGCCGUGAGCAAGUUCUCGGUGCGCAACCUGAGCGGCGGCUUCAUCGGGCUGUGGUGGAUCGACCACCGCGGGCGGCAGCUCGUCGCGCAGUCGGCCGUCGCCGUGCGGCACACGUCGUCGGUGGAGAUCAACUCGUUCCGGGGCCACCGCUUCGUGAUCCGGCGGCUGCGGCGGAAGGCGCGGCUCGCCGACGUGCCCUACGAGCCCCGGGCGACGGACGCGGUCCUGGAGGUGGGCCCGACGAACGACCUCGUGGUCGUCGACGGCGACCUGCGGCUGACGGUCCACAACGCGCGCUACCGCGCGCGCGAGGCCGUCGCCGGGGCGCUGCGCGCGCGCGACCCGGUCGAGGCCCUCCGCGGCGCCGUCGCCGGCUGGCGCGCCGCGUGGACGGCGGAGCGGGCGCUGCGGGAGCGCGCGAUCGAGGACGUGCGGCGCCUCGGCGGCGACCGCCCGGAGGAGCCGGCGCCGCCGCCGGGCGGCUGGCCCUUCGAGGAGCGCCCCCUGGACCUGGCGCCGUGCGGCGAGCUCGUCGCGGAGCCCGGCGCGCCGCGCGGCGCGACGGCGGCGGCGCUCGAGGCGCUGCUGGCGGGGUGGGGCGCGGCCCGCGACGACACCUGCGCGUCGCGCGAGGCCCUGGCGGCGCGGGCGUCCCGCGAGGCCCUGCGCGGGGACGGCCACGCGAGCUGCGGGCGCUGGGCGGCCGUCGGCGAGUGCGCCGCGAACCCCGACUACAUGCUCGCGAGCUGCGGGCGGAGCUGCGAGCUCUGGGCGGACCACGCCCCAGAGGCGACGGCCGCCGUCGCGCGGCGGGCCCAGCGCCGCGACGCGUGGGCCGCGUGCGCCGUCGACCGCGUCGAGGCGGCGGGCGCGCGCUACGUCGCGGCGACGUCGGCCGAGCUCAACGGGCUCGCGCGGUUCCACGACGCGCUCCGCAAUCGCACGUGCGCGGCGUACGAGGCCGACGGGACGAACCCGCUCGCGCCGGCUGUGGGGGCGGCGACCACGACUCUCGACCUCGACCGCCCGCUGCGCGUCGCGACGCUCGCGGCGCCCUCCGCGGCCGCGGCGAUCUACCACGUCGAGGGCUUCGCGGCGGCGGCCGAGUGCCGCGACGCCGUCGCCGACGCGGCGCCGCGCAUGGCGCCGGCGACCGUGAACGAGGAGGCGAACAAGGCCGCGAAGUCCACGUCGCGGCGCGCGCACGCGGCGAACCUCGUGCCCGACCUGGGGAGGCACGACUCGGCGCCCACCAAGCUCUGGCGGCGCGCGUUCGCGCUGGCGAACGCCCUCACGGACUACGACCUGGACGGCGAGGCCGGCCAGGAGCCGUUCUCCGUGAUCCACUACAACGGGUCCGUCGCGGGCGCGGGGCCGCCGGACGAGUACCUGCCGCACUGCGACGGCCAGUGCGAGGGCAGCCCGCACCAGGCCGGCGGCCGCGUCGCGACGCUGCUCCUCUACUGCCGCGCGCCCGCGAGGGGCGGCGCGACGACGUUCGCCAACGCGCGCGUCGCCGUCGCGCCCCGGGCCGGGGACGCGGUCUUCUUCAGCUACCUCGACGCGGCGAGCGGCCGCAUGGACGUGGGCCACACGCUGCACUCGGGCUGCCCCGUCGUCGAGGGGGACAAGUGGGUGCUCACGCUCUGGUUCCGCAAGGGCGUCUCGGCGGCGGAGCCCUGGGAGCGCUUCGACCCGACGGGCGCGCGCCACGACGCCACGGAGGUCGUCGCCUGGGACGAGGGGCUGGUGUAUUCGUAAAGUCGCAAAGGUCGCGUCCCGGACUCCACUGGCAGGCCCAGUACGCGUCUCAUUACAACCCUCUGACGUUAUACUGCUACGGUAUUGUUACGGUG